GCUGCUCUCAGCCGAGAACGAACUUGCUGAAGGAUUCCUCCCCCUCCACAGAGUGAUAAUAAUGACACAGCUGCAGUUUAAAGAUGCGUUUUGGUGCAAGGAGUUCACCUUCCACACUGGCUACGAGGUGCUCAUACAGCGGCUGUUGGAUGGGAGGAAGAUGUGCAAAGAUGUAGAGGAUUUGCUCAAGCAGAGAGCACAAGCAGAAGAGAGAUAUGGGAAAGAGCUGAUUCAAAUCGCCCGAAAAGCAGGAGGACAGACAGAAAUCAACACACUGAAGGCAGCAUUUGAGAAGCUCAAGCAACAAAUCGAAAGUGUUGGAAACUCUCAUAUCCAGCUGGCAGUAAUGCUGAAGGAUGAACUGAAAGGAAUAGAGGAGUUCCGAGAAAGACAGAAGGAGCAAAGAAAAAAGUAUGAGUCUGCAAUGGAGCGCAUGCAAAAGAGCAAAUUGUCCCAUUACAAGAAAACAAUGGAGUCAAAGAAGACCUAUGAACAGAAGUGCAAGGAGGCGGAUGAGGCCGAGCAAUCCUUUGAACGGACAAGUGCUUCAGGCAACCAAAAGCAAACAGAAAAGAGUCAGAACAAAGCCAAGCAAUGCAGAGACGCAGCAAAUGAAGCAGAGAACAUAUACAAACAGAACCUUGAGCAGCUGGAUAAGGUCAGGACAGAGUGGGAACAGGAACAUAUCAAAACCUGUGAGGUCUUCCAGCUCCAGGAGUGCGACCGCAUCACCAUCCUCCGCAACUCGCUGUGGGUUCACUGCAACCAGCUCUCCAUGCAGUGUGUGAAGGAUGAUGAGCUGUAUGAAGAGGUUCGGGUAAGCUUGGAGAACUGCGUUGUAGAGUCAGACAUAGACUACUUCAUUAAGACUAAAAUGACAGGAACACAACCUCCAGAUGCAAUAGGAUAUGAGAACUACUACAGCAGAGAACCAAACAGAAGCAACAGCAGCCCAACCCAGUCGUGUGGGAUGAUGAAGAGAUUCUCUGGGCUACUGCAUGGAAGCAGCAAAAACAACACGGGAAGUGCCACUCCUUCAGCCCCUCCUCUUGAGAAAACAGAUGGAGUCUAUGCAUCCAUUUUUGUAAAUGAACAAGCUGGAAUCACAUCAUCACAGGACUACAGAGUACUUUAUGACUACACAGCCCAGAACAUGGAUGAACUGGACAUCAGUGAAGGAGACAUUGUAGUUGUCAUUGAAGAAAACGAGGAUGGCUGGUGGACAGCAGAAAGGAAUGGGCAGCGAGGCUUUGUGCCAGGGUCUUAUCUUGAAAAGCUUUGAUGAAAAGAAGCCCCAGUCCUCAGACUUUAAAAAUAUUCUAUUACUGAAAACAAACAGCACACAUGGUCUGCUUCAGCUGCCCAAGGGCAACCCAUAAUACUGUCUUCUACAGUUACCAGUCAGGAAAUAACCAACUGACCAUGCUUUCCUCUUCCUUCCUCCUGCCCCAUCCCAGCACCUCCUGGCCUACACUAUCUGCAAAAACUGUCUUCACCUCAGAGAGAUUAGGACUUGAGUUUCUUACCACAGUUCUUCCUAGCCUCAGCACACUGUGCUGCCAUCAGUGUCACAAAGCUUGCCGAAUCUGGGAGGAAAAUCCUGCCCAGAACUUCACUGCACUAAAGGAAAAAGAUCAAGGCAGCAAGUGCUGUUCCUCCAGGAUGGAGGACCGCCUCCAGCCAGCCUGUGAGCCACCCUCAUGGUCACAGCAGCCAUGUUCUCUGCCAUGAAUCCCCUCCUCUCACUGCACAGGCCAUGCAAGCAUUUUUGACA